GUCUGUAGGUUUUUCUUCAAUAUUGUUUUAGGUGCAGACCUUUAGAUCUCACAUCUCUGGUUCUCGUCUUUGGAUCCGGUUCCGAACAUGUCCGGGUCUUCUGAGGAGCGGGUUGGAUACAUCACGCGGGUCCAGAGCUUCAGCGCGUGUCACCGGCUACACAGCGUUCACCUGAGUGAUGAGGAGAAUAAACGAGUCUACGGGAAAUGCGACAACCCUAACGGACACGGACACAACUACAAAGUGGAGGUCACAGUGCGUGGAAAGAUCGACCGGCUCACUGGGAUGGUCAUGAACCUCACCGACCUGAAGAGAUGCAUCGAGGACGUCAUCAUGACCCCACUGGACCAUAAGAACCUGGAUCAGGACGUCCCGUACUUCUCCAACGUUGUCAGCACCACAGAAAACGUCUCCGUCUACAUCUGGGACCACAUGGUGAAGGUUCUACCUCCAAACCUUCUGCACGAGAUCAAAAUACACGAGACGGACAAGAACAUCGUCGUCUACAGAGGAGAGUAGAGUGAUCGUCUACAGGAUGAGAUGUUAUUAAAGUACUGUUCUGACAUGAAGUAAAUUAAUUCAGAUAUGAAACAUUAAAGUUAUCAUCAGAGGUUCAGCUGGAGGAGCGACGAUGAUCUCACUGUUCAGAGCUCUGGAUUAUUUAUGACAAUAAAAACAUUUGUGGAACAUUAGA